CAGCCUCCGCCGCCCUCUCCCGGCAGCUGUAGUCCCUUCACCCUUCGCCCGCUCGGCCAAUACGCAUGCGCCCCCUUCACGAGCCUGGUCGCGCGCCCCGGCAGCCCUACGCAUGCGCGGCCUUACAGGAUCUCUUGAAGAAGCUGGUCCCUUUUCGGUCCCUCCCGGUGAUGUGGGGGAGCUGUUAGCUUCGCCAGCAGCUGCAGAGCAGCGGGGGUGGCCCAUGGACCUGCCAGAGAGCCAGGCGGGUGGCCCUGCUGCCGAAGUGUACCUCUUGGACCAGCCAGAGGAGGGGAGCCUGGGGACACCGCUCAGCUUAGAGGAACAAAUACUCAACUCCACGUUUGAAGCUUGUGACCCCCAGAGGACAGGCACUGUGGCUGUGACCCAUGUACUAGCCUACCUGGAGGCUGUGACGGGACGGGGUCCCCAGGAUGCACGCCUCCAAACACUGGCCUGCAGCCUGGACCCCAAUGGCGAGGGCCCUCAGGCCACUGUGGACUUGGACACCUUCCUGGUCAUCAUGCGGGACUGGAUUGCUGCCUGUCAGCGGGAUGGGGGAUUAGAGCUGGAAGAGGAGACCGCCUUUGAGGGAACCCUGACCUCCCAGCAACUGCCAUCUGGAUGCUCAGAAGCUGAGGAUCCAGCCAACCUGGAGAGCUUCGGAGGCGAAGACCCCAGACCUGAGUUGCCCGCCACAGCUGACCUGCUGAGCAGCCUGGAGGACUUGGAGCUCAGCAACCGCCGGCUGGCUGGGGAGAACGCCAAACUGCAGCGCAGUGUGGAGACAGCCGAGGAGGGUUCCCUGCACCUUGGGGAGGAAAUUUUGGCUUUGCGCAAGCAGCUCCGCAGCACCCAACAGGCUCUGCAGUUUGCCAAGGCCUUGGAUGAGGAACUGGAGGACCUGAAGACUCUGGCCAAGAGCCUGGAGGAACAGAAUCGCGGCCUUCUGGCCCAAGCCCGGCAGAUGGAAAAGGAGCAGCAGCAGCUGGUGGCUGAGAUAGAGAGUCUGCAGGAGGAGAACGAGAAGCUGCUGGCCAAGCAGGAUGGAGUGAAAAGGAGGAGUGAGGAGCUGGCCACGGAGAAAGAGGCUUUGAAGGUGCCACCCGUCCCUAGCACCUUGACAACUUCCUACCACCCCGAGGCCAUUUUUACAAUCACCAGUUUCAGCCCCCGUGGUCUGCGGCAGCUCUACGAGUGUGAACGCCUCAUUUGCCAGCGAGACGCCAUCCUCUCCGAGCGCACUCGCCACGCGGAGAGUCUGGCCAAGACCUUGGAUGAGUACAGAACUACAAUCCAGGAACUGAAGGUGGAAAUUUCACACCUGGAGGAGCAGCUGAGUCAGACCCAUGAGGGGCUGGAUGAGCAUGGAGGCAGCUUUCCCCGUCCUGACUGUGUGGCCAGGCUACCCGAAGGGGCUCAGGUGAGGAGAGUGGACUGGACCAAGCUGCCACGACCAUCGCUGGGUGUGGAGAUCCAGGCCAUUCGGCAGAAACAGGAAGUGGCAGCCGCCGAUCUCUCCAACCCUUUGUGUGGCGUGUGGCAGUGGGAGGAGGUCAUCAAUGAGACCGAUGAGGAAGCUGAGUUUCCACCUGAAGCCCCAACUGAGGGACAGAGAAACUUCCAGGGAGAGCCUGCAUACCCUCAUGAAGGAAGGAAGGAGCGAUCAAUGUGGUUACCCAGGAGAGAGGAAGAAGAGGAAGCAGAGAUCCCGGUCAUGGUGGAUCUCCCCAUCCCUCUGGGAGACUCACACCCUGGAGACAUCCCAGGAAGCCCUCCUGAGAGCAGGCCCUCAGAGCCGGAGCUGCAGCAAGCCCUGGUGCCGGUGGUGAAGGAGCUGGUCCCAGUCAGGAGGCCAGUCUGGGGCCACCUCUGCCUGCGCCCCCUGCACCCCCAGCAGCUCAGAGUCACUCGGCACCCGCUGAUCCUGGCGCCAGUCCUGGGCCUGCUGCUGCUGCUGCUACUGCUACUGCUGCUGCUGCUCUCGGUCCGGCUGCUGGGCCAGUCCCUGACCCCCACCUGGCCCCACCUCCAGCUCUGCUACCUCCAGCAGCCUCCAGUGUGAGGCACGCAUCCUGCCGCCUCAGAGCGGCGUCUAGUUCAGUAAUUUAACAGGGGCUCUUUUUACUGUUAAUCCCGUGGGUGUGCCACUGUGAUUUGGGAUUAUCCCAUUGCCGGGACCCUAGAUACAGUGCUGCAGGGUCCACAGUCCUGUAUUGGGUUUUUAUGUGAAGUCUCUUGUUUUUUUAACGUUGACAACUACAUUUCUUAACAAUAGCAAAACACAACCAGUAAUGGAUUAAGCACUAGGGGUUAUAUUUCCCUCACAAAACAAGUCUGGAGGAGGGCAGUUGUGGACCCACAGCUCAGUCUGCAUAGCACAGGGACCAGCAUGCUGUGAUUCUCUGUGACUCUCUUGGCCCUCCCCCCGUGCUCAGGAGGUGGCAGGUGUUGUAGCUUCAUACGUCAUAUCUGCAGGGAGAAGGGGACACAUCUCUUCCUUUUUAUAAAGAAAAGCAAUAACCUUCCCAGAGCCAGCAGCAGACUCUGUCUCAUCGGCCAGAACUGUUUGGCAUGACCACCCCUAGCUGCAAGGGCAACUCGGAGAGCAAGCAUCUCUCUUGGCAGAAAGAGGGAGAACAAGAUGUGGGCCAGGCACACACAUAGAUGUCACCAACGGCCAGCAGGAAACGGUGUGCCAUUUGUUCAUUCAGCAAACACUUAGUGAUCAUCUAUUUGCCAUGGCUAGACCUUAGAAGACAGAAAAAUAGACCGACCCUCCAAUGCCAGGCUGAGGAGCAUUGAUUUUUCUCCUGAGGAUGAUGGGAGUUUGGGGGACAUUUAAUUACUUGUUUUUGGUUAUUUACUUUGUAAUUGAGGUAUAACUUACAUACAAUGAUAAAUGGACAAAUCAAGUAUCAGCUGGAUAAAUUACUGCACACGUAAACAUCCAUGAAACCAAAACCCAGGUCAAGAUAUAGAACAGUUUCAGCACUGUAGAGGCUUCCUUGGGAGAGCUUUGAGCCAGGCAGGACAGUGAUAGAGGUAGCUGCAGGCUCUGUGAGAGCUCAGGAAAAGCACCUAACCCAGCCUGGGAGGUUAGAGAUUUCUUCCCAAAUAGGUGACAUCUGCAUUUAGUCUUGGAAGAUGGGUAAGGUUGGUUAUAGUAAACAGAGGCGGGGGAGGGUGUCCCAGGCAGAGGGAUAAAAGUGUGUGAAGACCAGGUGGUUGGAAAGCACCUCUGUGUGUAGAAAGCCAUAGGCAGCACCAUGUUGCUUGGAUUUAAAAAAAAAAAAAAAAAAAAAGCCAGGGAAGGAUUUGAGGCUUUAGAGUUGUGAGAAAAAAGAUAGGCAGACAAGAGCCCAUUAAGGGUUUUGAACCAGCUUGAACUCUACUGCCAAGUGCCCAAGAAAGUGCUGUGAUCAGGGAAGGGGCAGAAUCAACUCUGGGUGGGAAAGAGAUCUUCUGAGCCUGUACAGAGGAUGAAUAAUAAUGGAGUGAGGCUGGAGGCAGGAGGUGGGGAGAAGGCUGGGGCCAUGGUCCAGGUGAGAGAGCAUGAGGCCUGAGCUGGGCUGGGUGCAUGGAUAGAAAAAAGGGCAGGGCAGAAAGAGGCAGAGCAGGAAGGACAGAGCCAGGACUGACAGGCUAUGAAGGAGGAUGAAGAGGGAAGGGGCAAGGACUGCACCUGCAUCUGACCCACUGACUGGUAGACAGUGGAGCCAUUCCCAACAUAGGGAACCCAUGAGAAGGGGUGGGCUUGUGGGGGACACUCUUAGCUCAUGUGGGGAGGAGUGAGUGUCUGGGUUCCAAGAAGUGGCUGGAGCCCUGAGCACUGAGCUUUCAGUCUAGAAAUGGGGGUCUGGAUGUUAUUAGCUGUGAUGGUGAUUGAAAUGUGGGGAUUGCUGAAAUUUCCUGAGGAGAAGGGAGUAGAGUGGGAAGGGGUUUGGGGCACCAUUUUGUGAAAAGCCUCAAAUGCUAGACAAGCGAUCUGGGAGGAUGGACUUCCCUGGUGGUCCCGUGGUUAAGACUCCCCGCUCCCAACGCAGGGGAACCAGUUUCGAUCCCUGGUCAGGAAACUAGAUCCUGCAUGCUGCAACGAAGAUUCUCGCAAAUAAGACCCUGCGCAGCCGAAUUAAUUAAAAAAAAGACGUGGGGAGGAAGUACAGGAAGAGCACAGGCCAAGACGGAGUUACCAGGCCCUUCAGCAAACAGAGGAUGGGCCUUCUCACAGGGUUGUGAGGCUGAAAGAGCCAAUACAAUGGUAUGUGGAAGAGUGCCCAGCAUAUAGUAACUGCUCAUAACAUUUUAAUUCUAUUUCUCCAUGAGAGUAGUGGAAUGGUCUAGACUUCUGAAGUUGCACAGAUUUGGGUUCCAAUUAUCCUUCACUAGCGCUGACAACUUUCAGAGCCAUGUUUCUUUGUAAAAUUUGGCCAACUCCAGAUAGUUGUAAGGAAUAAAUACAGUUAUUCAUUGUUCAGUAUUUCUGAAUAACAGGGAAACAGGCCACACCCCCCAGCCUAACGGCCAAUUAGGGCGCGGUCCGCCUCUCGGAAAUGCAAAUUACGGGAGAGCUUGCCAAUCACCAAGCGCCAGCCCCGCCCCCUUUCCCCACGUCGACUCGCCCAGCUCCACUCUCUUCUCUAGGCCAAUCAGAACGCAGUCCGUGCGAGCUGCGCCAAGGGAGCUAGGUUCAGAAACCUCGCAGUCCAGUUAAGGGAGUGAGUUGCCAUGGUCACCACUGAGGGGCGGUGCGGAAGGGCUGGCCGAGCAGAGAGAGAGAGAGAGAGAGAGAGAGAGAGAGAGAGAGAGAGAGAGAUUCUGAUUGGCUGCUUCCUUACUUCCUUCACCGGUGGGCCAGGUGUUUCCCCGCCUCCGUCCCGUGCCUCCGGAGCCUAAUGCCUUUCUCCUUUCUCCUCUCCUGCCGCCCCGACCAGGCGCCCCAAUGGUCUCCCGGGAGGCGCGCAGUUAGAAAACCCUGAAGAAACUGCUGCAGGCUGCUGCAAGAGAGGCAGAAACCCUUCUCUAUUUUUUAUUUUAUUUUGGGGGGCUGCGGCCCCGUGGCUUUCGGCAUCUUAGUUCCCUGACCAGGGAUUGAACUCGCCCCAGCAGUGAAAGCGCCGAGUCCUAACCACUGCAUCACCAGGGAAUUCCUGGAAACCCUUUUCUAAUAAUGUGUUUUGCUUCCAGAAGGGCGUACUUAAGUCUUCUAAUGGUGUAUCUGGUUUAAUCCUCAAAAUAAUGAGGGAAAGGAGGCUGGAAGGUUAGAAGCCGUUCCCAAUACCACACAAGUAGGUUUAGGGGAACCUGGUUUUGAAUGGCAGAUGCAUCUCCAGAGUCCCCCCAUCGCCGCCCCCCCCCAACUUUCCACUGCGCCCAAAGAGAAGUCGGGAAGUGAUGCGAGAGCGGAAAAAGAGAAAUUCAGAGAAAAUGAGAGCCGGGAGAGAGACGAAGACCUAAAAGAAGAAAGAAAGAGAAAAAAAAAAAAAGACACGAAGGAGUCAGGCAGAGAAAAAAGAAAGUGAUUAAGAAUGGAAGGAAGAGUUUUAGGCAGAAAGAAGAGUCGAGAGAGGAGACAGAGAUUCCCCAGAAGGCCGGGAAGCCAUGAGGGUGAAAAAGAAGUAUAGAGACUCAGAAGGACAGAUACCCAGAGAGCAACAGAGACCCAGAGAAAGGGGCAGUGACUCGGAGGGGGACAGAGACCUGGGAGGCUACAAAGAACAAGAGGAGAAGGGGACAGAAUCGGGGAUGGGGUGGGAAUAGAUAUGCGAGUGGAGAGGGAC